AUGACGUUCCGGGUCCAUCUCAACAGCCUUCAAUACGGACAUCCGCGCCACAUUUUCCUGCGCGGCCGCAAAAAGGUGCUGGAUGCCGCCAUGGACGGCUGGCUUGCGCCGUUUCGGGUCAAGGCCGAGCUGGAGUACGUCCAACGAAACCGCGGCCUUCUGAGCCUCGGCCGAGGCCCAGAUUGGCUCGGGCAUCCAGACCCUUCCCCUUCUCGGGGCCGCCUACCACCUCUUGCAGACGAGGACGGUGUCUCUUCUGGUCUGUCUGGUACAGGGCCUGAUUGGCAACGAGCUGGACGAGGGCCACACGCGCUGCCCAACUACGGGCAUGACGCCCUUCGCCAGCAGAUCGGAAAGGUGAACUUCAUCACGCCAAAUUACGCCGACAACACCAAGGUCAACAUCUCAGGCAUCCUGGGAAAGUGGCAGCUGUGCUGCUUCAACGAGAAGAUGCACGAUGGACGCAAGCCCACUGUUUGGAGGGCCUCCUUCACAAACGCCAGCUGGAAGGCCCUCAUGCAGAAGUUUGACUGGAAAACCCCCUUGAUGGCCGUCGACCGCGCUAUCUCCAUGAACUUCCUCUACUGGAUAUGCGACAACUACCAGAUCAAUUCUUGGGGGACGUCAUGGGAGUAUUUUCGUCAGUUCAAGCAACUUUACGCCAACGUUGCCGGCCAGUACAAGGACAGAAAUGGCAGCAAGGAGGUGCACAAGUAUCACCACUCGUACCUAGUCCCCAAAUUCAAGCUUCAGCCCCCCGACAUGGCAGGCAAGCAAACGGGUGAUUCUAGGGGUUUACCCGCCUUGCAAACCCUCAAUAUCGUCUACGAUACAGACAUUCUUCCCCACGAGGAUCUGCGUGCCGAGAGGAAGCGACCAGACGAUGGCACCUGGGACGAGCUAUUUGCUGACGACCGUUUUGGCGUAUCUCUGGAAGACUUCCCCGAGACUCCUGCUGACCCUGAAAAGCAGUUGGAGAACCUGUUGAUCCGGGAGCAACUUGAUCGUGGUCGUCCGAAUGCCUCUUGCUAUGAAGACGUCAAGUUGAUGAUUAUCCGCCACCCUGAGACGAGCUGCGAUACUCCAGCCAUGGCCGCCAAGUUCAUUCAUCACAAGGGAGCUGACAACAAGCGGAAACCAACUAUCUUCUUCUUCACUCCUGCAAGGAAGUUCAUUUUUUGCACCGUCACCAAAAUCAUCAGCUGUGCCGUCAGAGACGGCGCUUUCGCGGCCAAGAAUCUCCACACAGUCGACGAUGUUUUCAGGAUACGCAACAAGAAAGGGACCACCAAGUGUACGCCAGUAAGAUGGCACUCGGACUGGCUCAAACGCCCCACUUUCCGCAAGGAUAUCAUGGCGAGACAGUCGCUCGACUAUGGAUGCGAAACUGCCAUCGAACCCAAGGCAUGGCGUUGGGAUGCUGCCAAUGCGGCUAAUGGCAAGGCAUCUGACGUGGUGCGCGACCAAAUGAUGCGGCAUGAUCCCAAGUGGGAAACGUUCAACAGUGUCUACAUCAACGAACACGUCGAGUUUGACUUGCAGAAUGUUUAUUGCAAGGAGCCCACUAACAUGGUACCACAGGAGAUCUGGGACCAGCUAAGACCCCACCCGAACGUUCUUGAACUGGAGAAGAAGCGCGUAAGGCUUAAGGUAGGUAAAUACUACUACCACGGUAACCUGAAUAAGGAGGAUUCCAAAGAGAUUGGCAAGACAAUCCGGGCGCUUAAGGCUCAACGGGUCAAGGACGUCAUCAAGCAAUACCGAAAGUUCUACUUUGAAAGCCGGCCCACAUGGGACAUAGAGCAACAGGACGGAGGCAGCAGUGACGACGUGGACAUGGAUGACCCCGACGAGGAUUUGGAUGACGGCUUUCACCGGCCUGACAUCGACCUCGACAUCCCAGAGCGUGCUCAGCUUGCACGACUGUUCGGGGAGUGCUUGGUGGCUCUCAUGUCGAAGCAAGAGACAGUCAGACGCGACAUCAUCGCACAGAGAGCCGCAGAAGAGGUGGAGGUAAAGGCUUCUCCGAGAUCGAGCAGAAUCGACAUGGAUGCCAUCCCCAAACACGACAGCAGCGACACGACCACCACGGCCGCCACGGACACCAGAAUCACCAAGCCUGUAGGCGAUGAUGUAGCCGCACUCGGCGACCCAUUCCCCUGCCGCAUGCACAAGUUCCAGUGCACAGAGUGCAUCGGCGACGAGGAACUAUUAUACAAAGACCGCACCUUCUGCUACACUCGCGCCUCAAGCAGGAACGACCACUUCGACAGCUGCCAUCUCCCAACCUUGACCCAACAUCUGGCCCAGGGCCUCCUCAACUUCAGCAGCAUGGAACAGUACAUCAACCACCAGCUGGCGGUGCACCACGUCAGAAUCCGACGCGUCGCAGGGAGCGCGGCUCACUCACGAAAGUCUUCCCCCGGCGCUGGCAGGAGGAGGAAGAGCAAAGAGCCCGACUUGAUUAUGUGGAGUGUCGAGCCGCCUGCGACUCCUGCCGGGAGCAUUGGCCGAGGGGGUGUCUGCCAGGCGCAGGACGGCGCGACGGAGACGGUGCAGGCUGCGCAGGUGCUGGAUGUCGCGCCUCCCGCGUGA